AUGGGGGAGGUUGUGAAUGCCAUUGUUGCUUCAUCUCUACAUUCGCUCAUCUUGCGUCUGCGUUCGACAGGUAGCAACGCGUCUGCGGCGAGGUCACCUACUUCUGCACUGGGGUUCAGACCCAAGAAUGUGACUCAAGAAAUGGUAGACCAGAUACAUGCCAUGUUCCCGGACAUACCUCAAGACAACAUCCGUUACGACCUACUUCGAACAGGAAACGUCGAGUUGACGUCUAACAAAAUACUAGAGAAAGGUUUCCUUGAUGCCCCGCCUCCCGCAUACUACACGCUCUAUCCACGAACGCAAGGUCAGGCACAAGCAAAUCAGCAAUUCGUCGCAAACGCUACGCCCAUGACUCCCAAAGAUAAUCUCAUAUCACGUUAUCGACUUCAGGCACGUCUCGACACAGCACCUGAACUCUCAGAAAAUGAGGUUGGAGGUAAGGCUAAGUGGGAGGAUACUGCUGAAAAGCGAGAAGCUAGUCUGCGGGAGCGAAAGGCGCAGAUGAUAUUGGCUGCUCGACAGCGCUUGUUAAGCAAGCAGGCACAGGCGGAGGGAGGUAGUUCUGCGUCCUCACAAAACUCAUGA